AGCCCCGCCAGCCGCACCUUCUCCACAGUCCCUCAUACAGCGCUGGACUGAGACCAGCUGAUCCCCAUUGUACAGAUGGGGAAACUGAGGCCUGGGGAUGUGGAGUGGCUGGCCCUUGGCCACCCAGAAAGAGAUGAGAACAGAGGCCCAGAGAGGUUAAAUGACUGCCCCACAUCACACAGCCAGUGGGCACAGAGCUGGGGUUCCGACCCCGGCCUGCUGGCGCCCCCACUGCCGCGCCCUCUCUGCUCCCCCACACCCCGCCCCCUCCAGAACCUGCUUCUGCUGUGGACCCUCCUGAACUGUGGUUUAGGGGGCAGUGCCCAGGGUCCAGGUGAGUGGACCCCCUGGGGUUCCUGGAGUCGCUGUUCCAGCUCUUGUGGGCGGGGUGUCUCUGUGCGCAGCCGUCGCUGCAUCUGGCUUCCCGGGUUAGACACAUGCUGGGGAGACACCCAUGAGUACCGCCUCUGCCAUUUGCCGGACUGUCCCCCAGGGGCCAUUCCAUUCCGAGACCUCCAGUGUGCCCUCUACAAUGGCCACCCUGUUCUAGGCACCCAGACGACUUACCAGUGGGUGCCCUUCUAUGGUGAGGCCCUCCAAGGCCAGCUUGGGCUCUGUGCCAGGCAGGGUCUGCCAGCCAGGCUCAGAGAAGUGGGAGCCAGGAGGAGCACGGAUCCCUGCGGCUGUGAGCUUGAGCCUGCGACCAGACUGUCCACUGUGCCCCACUGCCAGGCAGCCAGGAAACUGAGUCCGGGGGGGGGGGGGGGGGCCAGUGACACACCCAGCUGCUCCGCAUUCACGCCCAACCAGUGCGACCUUCACUGCCUGGCCGAGGGGCACGCCUUCUACCACACCUUCGGCCGCGUCCUGGACGGCACCCCCUGCAGCCCCGGGGCCCAGGGGCUCUGCGUGGCCGGCCGCUGCCUCAGCGCCGGCUGUGACGGUUUGCUGGGCUCGGACGCCCGCGAAGAUCACUGCGGCCGCUGCGGCGGCGCCAACGAGUCGUGCCUUUUCGUGCAGCGCGUGUUCCGUGACUCCGGUGCCUUCGCUGGGUACUGGAACGUGACCUUGAUCCCCGAGGGCGCCAGACACAUCCGCGUAGCCCACCGGAGCCGCAACCACCUGGCGCUGAUAGGGGUCGACGGGCGCCACGUGCUCAACGGGAACUGGGCGGUCAGCCCACCCGGGACCUACGAGGCGGCGGGCACCCGUGUGGUCUACACCCGCGCUGCGGGGCCAGAGGAGACGCUGCGCGCGGCUGGGCCCACCUCCCAAGACCUGCUCCUGCAGGUCCUCCUGCAGGAGCCCAACCCCGGCAUCGAGUUCGAGUUCUGGCUCCCUCGGGAGCGCUACGGCCCCUUCCAGGCGCAGGCGCAGGCCCUGGGCUGGUCCCUGCGGCAGCCGCAGCCUCGGGAGGUGGAACCACAGCCCGCUGAAGCCCCCGCGGCCCCAGCUGCCGGUUCCCCGAGGACCGCGCCCCCCGCCCCAGACCCCUGCUCACCGUGCCCAGACACUCGAGGUCGCGCGCACCGGCUGCUCCACUAUUGCGGCGGCGACUUCGUGUUCAGGGCCCGAGUGCUGAGCCGCCUCCAACAGGCCCAGGAGACGCGCUAUGAGGUUCGCGUGCAGCUCAUCUAUAAGAACCGCUCGCCACUGCGGGCCCUGGAGUACGUGUGGGCCCUGGGUCGCUGCCCCUGCCCGCGGCUGGACCUCCAUCGCGAGUACCUGCUGGCUGUCCAGCGCCUCAUCAGCCCUGACGGCACUCAGGACCGGCUGCUGCUGCCCCACACUGGCUACGCCCGAGCGUGGAGCCCUGCCGAGGACAGCCGCGUGCGCCUGGCUGCCCGACACUGCCCCGCCUGAGCCGCGGGACCGGGCCCCCGCCACCUACAGCAACAGAGGCAUGCCUGACCGGGCUCAAACUCAGCAUAUUUCCCGUCUUGCCCCGGCUUCCAGUGGCUUCCCGCCUACUACACAUGCUUAGCUGUCCCUGCACCCAGUCAGGUCCACUGUCAUGAGCAGGAGGCACUGGUGAGGGAGGACACACUGAAGAGACGCUCUUAUUUCCUCUCUCACUCUGGCUGCCAGGAAGCUCAUAGAUGAUUUAUACUUAGAAACUUUGUGUCUGCUUUUAUUUGCUUUGCCCCAUGCUCACCUUCGUAGAGACACUGUCACAAACGAGCAUGGCCCAAAGGAAGACUGCCCAACAAGACCUUGGAAUAGAGCAGUUUCCCCUCUUGCCCUGGCUACCAGGACGUUCACUGCUGUUUAACUCCCUGACACUCUGUGCUCUCUCUUCUCACUGACACACGUACGCCUCAUGUGUUCAGAGACACCGUCUCCAACAGACAUGCUCCCUAGAAGACACGCCUACCCAGGUACUGUAAGGUACCCAUUUCCCCUUUUGCCCCGGCCACCAGGAAGCUCAGAGAUAAUCUUGAGUGCCUCAGCAAGUCUGGCUGGGUCUUUCUUUCUUUCCUUUCCUUUUUUUCCUUUUCUCCUCCUUCCUCCCUUCGUCCCUUCGUCCCUUCCUUCCUUCCUUCCGAUUUUAUUUUUAAAAUAAUCUCUACGCCCAAUGUGGGGCCCGAACCCACAACCCAGAGACCUAGAAUCACAUCCUCCCCCGACUGAGCUGGCCAGAUGCCCCUGGCUGGGUUUCUUUCGGACAACACUGCUACCCAUCCCUG